AAGUUGUGCAGAGCAGCUGAAGUUUAAGGCUGGUUUUGUUUGGUUUUUUUUUUUGGUUUUUUUAUUCUAGGCAUUGAGAUUUGGAGACUGUGUCAAAGCAGGGAGAGUCCAACACGUACACAAAGCAAAGCUGAAAGCGCAUGCUGGGAAGAUGACUAAAGAAACAAAAUGGAAAGAUUCCCUCUUCUAUUACUACUGCAUCAAAUUUGCUCUCUCUGCCUAUGCCACCCUGUUCUCGAUCAUAGGUCUGGUGAUUCUGUGCAUUGGCAUAUAUGCAGAAGUGGAGAGGCAGAAGCACAAAACCUUGGAAGGGAUCUUCCUGGCUCCAGCUGUGAUCCUGCUUCUCUUGGGCAUCACCAUGUUUGUUGUUUCCUUCAUCGGGACGGUUGGAUCCCUCAGAGACAACCGGACACUGCUGAAGAUGUUCUUCUGGGUCCUCCUGGUGAUCUUCAUCACUGAAAUUCUGUUGAUAUUUAUUGAAAUAAUCUUCGAAAACAAGAUGAAUACUGUCUUCCAUUCCAACAUCCAAGAGGGAAUUAGACACUAUUAUGAUGACCUGGACUUCAAGAACAUUUUGGAUUUUGUACAAGAGAAGUUCUCCUGCUGUGGAGGUGAUGAAUACAAAGACUGGAACGUCAAUCAGUACCAUUCAUGCAACAACAGUGGGCCUCUGGCGUGUGGGGUUCCGUACACUUGCUGCAUCAGAAAGGUCCCCGGAGAAGUUGUGAACACUCUGUGUGGAUACAAGACCCUCGAAAAAGAGCGACUGGAGUUGGUGGAUAUCAUCCAUGUGCGGGGCUGCAUCCAUGCAAUUGGCCUCUGGUUUAAGGACAACUUCGAAGCCACUUUUGGGAUAGUACUUUCCUUGCUGGUUCCACAGGUAAUUGGCCUGGUUAUGGCUUGGUUGUAUUGGCAAAAGCUUAAUGAGAUUUACUCCAAGGAAGACACAGUCGACUUCAGGAGGCUUGAGGUGAGAGACUUCAGCUUCAACGCAGUGGACCUGACUGGUGCUGGCUGGUGUUGGUGCUUGCCCAGAGAAGGUGGCUAUGUUCCCAUCAAUGUUGUGGAUGAUGAGGAUGAUGGAGAUACUAUCUGCCAAAGUAAAGUGUGAAACCGUUGGGUGCCAAAGCUGGUCUUAGAUGGGUGGAUCAGAGCACAGAAUACUUGAAGAUGAUGGACUUAGGACGAGGAAAUAGCCUCACUCCUCACAAAAAAGUUGGUGUGUGCUCAGAAUCAGAGGAGAACUUAGUGGGGACUGGACAGUAACUUCAUGUUGAUAGAUGGGAAAAAAGUGUUGCAUUGAGCAGACCCUUCCUGGCUUACACACUCUGCCUCAGCACCCUCAAGUAUUUGUCAAUGUUUCCUUUUUACAAAAUAAAGUUGACUUGUUUGUUUUGCUA